CUAAUCCCCUAUAAAUCCUAAAUAAAUUCAUCAUUCUCUCAAUCCCUCUCUUCAAAAUCAAAUUUCCAGUUCAUUCUCUCUCUAAAAUCAUCAUUAAUUAGCUCAAAUGGGUGAGAAAGAUGCAAAAACAGAGGAUGUCAAGCCCAAGGAGCAAAAACCCGACCAGCCUCCCCCCGCCGCCGCCCCUCCUGCCGCCGUCGCCGCCGCCGCCGUCGUCCUAAAGCUCGACCUACAUUGUGAAGGAUGUGCCAAGAAAGUCAAACGUUCAAUUUUCAAGAAUUUUGAAGGUGCGGAGGAGGUGAAAUCCGACAUUACAAAUCACAAGUUGACGGUCACCGGAAAAGUGGACCCGGCCAAACUCCGGCAACUAAUAGAGGAUAAGACUCAUAAGAAAGUCGAACUUAUUUCACCUCUACCUAAAAAGGACACCGCCGGCGCCGGCGAAAAAAAACCCGAUGAGAAGAAACCCGAGGAGAAGAAACCCGAAGCGAAGAAACCCGAAGAAAAACCUAAAGAUAGCACAGUUGUUCUUAAGAUGAGGUUACAUUGUGAAGGGUGCAUGCACAAAAUAAAGAGAGUUAUAAAGAAAAUUGAUGGUGCGAAAUCGGUUGAUUUUGAUGCGGAUAAAGAUUUGUUAAAGGUAACGGGUACUAUGGAUGUGAAGACACUUGUUCCAUUCUUAAAAGAGAAAUUGAAACGUAGCGUCGAAGUUGUACCGCCGCCCAAGAAAGACGAGCCCAAAAAGGAUGCUGCCGCCGGUGGCGGCGGUGAAAAGAAAGUAGAAAAAGAAGUUGGCGAGAAAAAGGUUGAGAAAGAGGCCGGAGGUGGUGGUGACAAAAAAGACGAGGGUGAAAAAAAGAAGGCGGUUGAAGUUGUUAGUGCGGGAGAAACAAAAGCGGUUAAGGUCGAGGAAACACCUAAAAUUGAAGUGAGCAAAAUGGAACAUCAAGGAUUUUCGAAUUACCCGUUUUAUUCGGUACCAGCAAUGCCCGUUAAUCAUGGAUACAUCGAACAUGGUUAUUACGGCAUGCCAACAAAUUCUAAUCACGGCUAUCCGCAACAACAUUACCCUAACAAUCAGACGUAUCCAAUCCAAUACCCACAAUUUAAUCAAUAUCCAAUGCAAUAUCCACAACCUCCGACAAUGUACAAUACAACACAAAUGUUCAGCGACGAAAACCCUAAUGCGAGUUGUUCCAUAAUGUAACAAAAAAAAAUGUGUGUUUGGGUCGGAUUUUCGAGUGACUAAAGAAAUUGAGAUGUUGUGCAAAAAUUGUAAAUAUAUGAAAAUGCGAAGCUUAAAAUAAAUAAUAAAAAAAAAACUACAUAUGAGAAAAGAGAGGUAAUAUAGGGAUUUUAUCAAUUGAAUAUUAUUAGUAUUACCUUGUAUUGUCCGUCAAUUAAUUAAGAAAUGGUAUGGUUCGAGUGUUACGUACGUGUUGAAUUAAAGCUAAUAUUUAUUUCUUUGA